AUGACGCCUCUUUCCGUCCCUUCUAUUGAUCUGUUGUACCUGACAUUUAACUGUGCGAAAAGCCUGCUCGACAUCCCCGUCUUCAGUGCUCACCUGCAAACCGCUUUCCGCCAAAAUGCCACCGAUUUACCACAGGUCGUUGUUCUCUCUUUGCAGGAGGUAGCACCUUUGGCAUACUCCUUUAUUGGUGGUUACUUUUUAAAACAGUAUAUAUCACGAUAUGAACAAGCCGUCAACAUCGCCGCCCAGCAUGUUCUCGAUAACAUUUCAGGCCAGGAAAACGACACUAUCACCGUCACGCCUACUACCCUCCCCGCGAAGCCAUACACUCUCGUACGAGGCAACAAUGUCGGUUACACCGCUAUCCUUCUUUUUGCGCGCGACGCAUCACGCCUAAAGAAUAUCCAAGAGGCAGAGGUUGGUUUUGGCGCAGCCGAGAUGGGAAAUAAGGGUGCUGUUGGGUUGCGCAUGCUUUACGAAGGCGAUGGUGGCUCAUCUGAGCUGACUUUUGUCGCCACGCAUCUGGCAGCCAUGGAGUGGAAUUUACCGAGACGUAAUGCCAAUUGGGCAGCCAUAAUGCGUGGAAUGGCCUUUGGAAAUCCAGAAGUGGUUGUGAAUAGCUACAAGACCUCUGUCACUCCGUCACCUGCCUCAACGCCACCUGCUGAAGAUCAGCCAGAACGUGUCCGCCUCCUUGAUGAUGAGCACGACGAACAACAUUCGCGCCUUCAGCAACAGCUGCACAAUAUCUCUGUCUUUAAGCCUACGUCCCAUCUCUUUGUAGCUGGUGACUUGAAUUAUCGCAUCUCAACUACAUCUCCGCCCCCGUCAGCUGCGUUCCCCAGCCUUGACCCAGAGUCCGAAAAUUACUAUCCAGACUUCUUCCGUCUCGAUCAGUUGACACGGGAACGUAACGCUGGCCGCACAUUACACGGUCUAUCGGAGCAUGAGGUGCGGUUCCCACCAACGUACAAAUACGAUGUGUUACCUCAAAAGCCUGGCACUCAAGAGCCCGAACUUGAUGUGCCGUGGAAGUUUGCAGUCCAUCGCUAUCCGGGCUGGACAGAUCGGGUCUUGUUCCUCGAUGUGCCCUCGUGGUUGAAGAAAGGGGAUGAUAAGAACCCCAAGAUCAACGUUCGUGCUUAUGAUUGUCUGCCUGUUUUACGCAUGAGCGAUCAUCGUCCUGUCUUCCUCCGCGCUGAUGCGCCCCUCAUUGCACCCAGUGAGAUGGCUCCGCCAUCAAGUGUGGAUCAUGAUAUGAGCAAAGAUCCUCGAGCCCGACUCCCAGUGGAGAUCGACCCAGAGGCCUGGGAGCGCCGGGCAGCUGCGCGUCGUAAGGAGGUCAUGGCUGGUUGGAGCAUGUAUUUAUGGAGUACAAAGGAGGGUGCUUGCAUUUUAGCUUCGAUUCUCGCCUUUGGCGCUGGCGUGUAUUGGUUGUAUCGUUUGUUCUAG